GUUUUAAUUUAUUUUUAUAAUUUGUAUUAUUAUUUGAAAUACCAUCAUCAUUAUUUUGUUUCACUGUGGAUAAAGGGAAGAAGUAUCUGUUAGAGGUUGUCUCUGAAGUUGAACUUUCUGGAGCAAUUUUUUAACAGAUCAAUUGCUUCAUGGUACUUCUCGACAAUAAAGGCAUCCAAUGAUGGCCAUGCAGUCCGCUUCGCAUAGGCAAGGCGGGUAUCCAGAAAAAGAGCUUGGGGAUCUGCUCGAUUUUUCGAUGUUCCCAGCUACAAAAAGAUCAGAAGGUUCCGCCCCUCCGCUGCAUUCCAGUUCAUUCAAACAAGCAGGUUGGGAACACAUGACGAGAGAUCCAAAUUGUCCAUCCGUAUCGGGAUAUUCUGAGGAGAAUGGAAUAGCAAGGACCAACAACUCACUCGCAGGUAAACAUUCAGUGGGAUCACCAUACGACGGAUAUCCUAGAGAUGGACAGACUAUGAUGAUGCGACAAGACAUGCAGUCAAGACCAACAAGUUUAUCACCAAACAACACCAAUAAUAAUAAUAAUCCAUUUCCUCCACCUCCAAAACGACCACCUCAAGAACCAAAUAUUCCAGGGGUUAAAAGGAGGAGAGCAACAUACUCACCUACUGGUAGUGAAGAUUUUCACCCCUAUGUUGAACCAAUGCCAUAUGGAAACAGCAUGCAUCAUCCUCAUCAGUAUAUUCAUCAGCCAGAGAGAUCGAAUUUCAGUUCUUUAUCUCCACAAAGUCAGCAUAUCUCUCCUCAUAAUAUGUACAAUGUUCAACAUGGGAAUCCCUCUCCACAGAUGUAUGGCCAAGAUCCCAAUUAUGCCUCAAAUCCGGCCACUCCAGCCGCCUCACCCAUGCCACAGUGGCACAGACCACAACAGCAUUAUCAAUCAUCACAUGACAUACCUUCGUCUCGCAAAAUGCCAACGAGAAGACAACACAGCUUUCCACCUCAUCAUCACCAUGCGUCUGUCCCCGAUGGCGGGGCUCACCCACGUUCUCAACUUCAUUCCUCAUUUCCACCUCACCAUUCUCACCACCCACCACACGGCAAUACACAUCAACAACAGAACAUUGCCCUUAAUGAUGCCAUCGAGGUGGUGAGCGAACAUGUGGGCAUGCAUUCACAGCAACAAAGGCCUCCAUCAGGUUAUGGACAUGCCGGAAUGUCAACGGGACCAUUGAUGGGAUGGAACUCACCUGGAAAUCAAUUCCCGGGACAGCCUUUAGUUACACCGCCAGAUGCUUCCAGUCUAACUGGUAUUUCACAGACUCAAACCACAGUCACUUCAGUCAACAAUGCAGCUGGAUCUUCACGACUCAACACAUUUCCUUCAAAUUCCGCCCUUUCCAUUUCUGAAGUUUCAUCGUCCGAAGCUCUAGGAAGUCCUGCCGUAUCGAGUACAAACAGUAAUAACAACUGUGUAGUUGAACAACGUUCUUCUCGGAAAACUUCUUCGUCAAGUUCAGUAAAACAGGAAACGAAGGAAACUGCCGGAAAAUCAACAAAAUCAAAAGCAGAUAGUUCUUCUGGGACAAGCAGUAAAAAAGGCAAAGAAAAAGAAUCAGGAAAAGUUACAAGUACGACAAGAGGAAGAUUGAAGAGUACUUCUAUUGACGACCCGGAUGAUUCGCAUCUGGAUGAUGAUUUGCCAGUAGAAGAAAGAGAAAAGAGGGAAAAGGAGAGAAGAAUGGCAAACAACGCAAGAGAAAGGCUGCGAGUUCGUGACAUCAACGAAGCAUUCAAAGAACUUGGGAAAAUGGUGCAAAUUCAUAUGAACAAUGACAAACCACAAACAAAGCUGACCAUUCUACAUCAUGCGGUACAGGUUAUACUUGGAUUGGAACAUGAAGUCAGAGAUCGUAACCUAAAUCCGAAGGCCGCUUGCAUGAAAAGAAGAGAAGAAGAAAAAGUAGCUGCAUCAAUGCAACAACCAUCACCUUCUUAUUCAUCUCCUGGUGCUUCUUCUAUGGUCAAACGUCCAAGAAGCAAUGGACACAUGGGUGCAUAUGGUCCGGAUUCAUCACAACAUGGUUACCAUGGUCACCAUCCUGGACAAAUGAACAUCAACGAUCCAACUGUUUCAUCCAAUGUUCAAUAUCAACAUAUGCAGAAGCAAUACUCUAACCAUCCUGAUCUCCAUGCCAUGAAUUCUGGUGGACACUACCCAAACACAUCAAAUGAGCAGCAAGUUCGGUACAUGGAGGCUGCUGGCGGAAGCACUAUGGGACCCAACUCAUUACCCCCAGCCCUCGUACCUACUCCAGGGAUGCCGCAACAAAUGGAUCCAGUUUUUGGAUCAGUAACUUCAACGCAAAUGUAAAUUUCAAAUGUUGUAGAAGACUAGCAAUAUCAACAAAGUAAAUAACAACACUGCCACAGACUCGGCUUCAAGUUGUACUAUAAGAAGAGGAUUGGGCACCGUAUGACUAAAUCCCGUCAAUAUUAUUUAAAUGAUGCACGUACAUAUAAGGAGAUAGCAAAUAGAAGCAAUAACUGGGAGAUGUAACUUCAAGUAGUAUACGCUUUCGCUUAAACUAUCUUCGGCACUUUAUUUAUAUAAAAAAAUUGUACAUAUUCUGUGUCGAUGUAUUGCGAGUUCCAGGUGAACAUCAACAUUUUCCAUCUUCAGUCGAAAUUUGCGAAAUUUAACCUGUUUUCUAUCCAUUCCUAAACAACUAGAGAGGUCCACGGAGUUCUUAUUUGCCACAAUAAUGUAGAUCGUCUGUUUUUAUAAACAUUAAUGAAGGUAGUUGUAUUCCAGUCAGUGUUGUGUGCAUGGUCAAAUGAGGAGAUCUAUUGCUGUUGUAUUGAUACCUUCACUUGCCCAUAUUCAAUAAAGCACAAUCUUUGACUGUGGUCCCUUUUGUGGGAAAAUUAUUUCAAAUCGCUCAUAUUCUUUUGCACAGGAUAAAGCUGAUAAAGAAAUCUUUUUCUCAUAACUUUUUUAGUAUUUGUCAAUUGUCUGACUAGUUGUUGAUGGUAAUAAAAUUGCUUUUCUACUCUUUUUAUCUCUCAUUUCUAAGUGAAAGUUUCUGUUUUCUUUUAUAGGCACUACGUAUCUAUGUUACUGCGAUUUUCGUGGCUGUCAGAAGUUGCAUUUGUUUCUUUUUCUGUGUGCCGCCAUGUUGAAUUACUACUACUAUGCCUUUUUCCCCGCUGUUUUUGUCAUAAGCUGACAUCGUUGUUUGUUUUUAACUUGUGCCAAUCAAAAGUUUGAAAAAAGUUUUGCCAAUACUUUUCCCAGAAUUUUAAAAAGUUUUUCUAAACAAUUUUUGCAACGUCUUUGAAUAUGGCCAGAAAUAUUUUUGCAAUUUUUUUCCGAGUCUCGACUAAUUAUUUGAAUAUCCUGUGCUUCAUUGCCAGUUUUUAUUAAAAUGUACAAAUGAGAAAAUGUGACAAAUUUUUUUACUUGAAGCUAUGUUUUAAUAUUUCUUGUGCUCUUUUGUGCAUAUUGUCAAAUUUUGAUAUGUGCUUUGUUCAGGGUGCUAAAUUAUUUUUUACGAAUUAAAAUUUUGACAGCUAUGAGGUAUUUUUGAGCACCGUUUUUUGUAUAGUCGUAAAUUUUGUCAAAGCUGAACUUUUUCUCUUGUUAAUUUCUAAAUUCUUAAAAUGAAAUGUUUUUCAUCGUACUACGGCAAAAGUAUUAUCAAAUUGAACUAAUUAAUUGAUUUAUAAGUAUAAUAUGGCGCUCGUUUACACUAAUGUUAUUCCAACUGAUCUAAAGCUAACGGAAUUCAUGAAAUUGCAAACUAGCAGAUUUUUAGUCCGGCAUUUAAAGGUUUUCGUAUAAUUUAAUAGUUUGGUUAAAAGAUCAUUUCGAAUAUUCGUUAACAAAAAUUUUGAAAGCCUUUUGAUUUUUUUUUAAAUUAUGUCUAUUUGAACAUGAAAUGGUCAGUAUAAAAUUUAAGAAAUCUUCAUAAUACUAUAAAAAGUUGAAAUAAAUUCACCAAAAAGAGUUGUACAAAAACAAAAUAUUUGUUACUGGCAACUGUACUAUGUGAUACCAAGUUUAUUAUUUUUAUUAAACUUGACAAGUUUUUAAAUUAGUAUUCUCCUGGAUUUGUUUUACACAAGUUCUGCUCUGCUUUUAGUUAUAAAUCCAGUUGUUAUCCCAGGCAGUAUUAUAUUCUAAUUAAUUCUGGGUAUUUUAAUGAAAUUAGCAUAGAAUAUGAAAUUAAUGACUGUCUAUUGUCAAACGUUAUUAAGAUAGUACGUAGAUGUUAUUAAUUACAUCCCUUUUGCAGUAUGGUAGCAGUCGUAUCACGCAGUCAGAAAUCACAACUUCUUUAGCCAACAAUGGUUCUUGUUUGAUAAAGAUGUUGGUCUGUGAUUUCUGAUUAGCGUUAUUAGUAAUUCAAAGUAUACUAGCAGACUUACAAUACAAUAUUACAUGAUAAGUAGGAGCAGUUUUAACUUUAUCGCAUUAUUGCAGUGCUCACUUUUAAUUGGAGAGAUGAUUCUACGUUUUUCCUCCAUCAAUGUAGUCUUUUUUGUUGUCUAUUACAAACUGCCAAACAUAAUGAAAUUCCACUUUUCGACAACAUUUAUUACUUUUUAGUAUUCGAUGCGUAGAUAAAUGUUUACAAUUUUUGCCAAGAAUUUUGAAUUUUUGUAACAAAAUUCAUUUUGUUUUGCCAAUUUUAAGGCUUUUUUUGUUACUAAUUUUGAAGUUCAAAAAUUUUACAUCGACCUGAAUGAAUCUCUGUCUAUGGAUUCCUAAUUUAAAUCUUCACAUUUUGAUUUAUUCAAGUGAAUAGUGGAUUGUUAAAAACGCAAUUCAUUAACCUAAACGUGUAUGUACUUGUUACUGAAGCAAAUUUUUCCUCAACUAAAAUUCCCAACAUCCUGUUUGUUUUUGAACAUCCAAUCUAUUUGAUCAUCCUCUUAAUGACUGAUACAAAAGUUUCUCUUUUUUGAAGUUCUAUUUAUAGCAGUAAGUGUGGAAUGUCCUCACAUAAACAAGAUCAAAAUUAUCCGCUACAUUGUUACAUUAUGAAGGUUGUAUCAAUAAUUUUAAGAACAAUGAAUGCCCUAUUGUAAUUGAAGAAUCUUUUGCUAUUUUAUCGUUUUAAGCUUUUUUACUUUCCGACAAAAAAUUGAAACACGAACCUACCAUGAUGCCUUUUACAGCAUUUUAUUGCUUUGUUAUUUUACUAAAAAGUGAACAGUACUGCGAUUUCCAAACGAAGUUUCGUAGAAAAGCAAGGACUGGUUGUAUUACCAUUAUCAUGGCUAUUAUUACUAUUAUUUUUUUUAACUAUUAUUAUUGUUAAUAUUAUUUCUUUCUUUUUUUUUCUCUCACUUUUUGACAAUAUUUUCACGAAACAAUGCGGUAUCACACAUUUUUUUUGAACCUUUAGACUUCCAGGUACUACAGUGCGCCUGCACACAUUUUCGAUUUCAUUAUUGAUUUGUAAAAUAACAUCCGUAUUAUUUUUUUUCCCUUUUUAAGUUUAUUAUUUUUAUGUGGGUUGAUCUGUUGGAAAUAAGAGUUGGACACUAGCUAAAGCAUUAAUUUGUUUGAAACAAUGAAACAUCUGGAAUCAUUUACCACUUUAACCUGACUUCGUGAAAUGCUCGGUCUACUAUUUUGUAGUUGCGAUAUUUGUUUCGAUAUUUAUACCAUUUCUCUCUCUCUAUUCCGUAUUAAAAUCCACAGUAAGCAAA